GAGGGGAAGGUCUAGUAAAUAAGUAACCUACGAAUGCGAGAACUGCUUCAGUCCGCGUUACAAUUAGUUCGACCGUUUACCGUUAAUCAUAACAGCUCGCACGAAAAAUCCCUCGCGCGAUGACCGUCGCACUUCGUUCCGUCUGAUCGUCGAAAUGAGUACAACGCAGGCCUGUUUCCUUCACGACGUUCGUCCACACCAUUAAUCGCAACGAAACUGCAUCGUUUCGCCCUGUAAUCCCUUUGCACGUCAGUUCAAGAGAUGGAUAGUGCCGCAACUUUAGUGUUAUUCGGCCUGCUGAUCGCGUUCGCCGGCGAUGCCGCGGCAUCGUGCAGGAAGAUGGCGAACGAGGAGAUGCUGGAGUACUUCUGCGAGGGCGGCCAGCCCGCUGAUUUGGCCACCGUGCCCGAGACAACCGAGAAAUUGCGGAUCAUCAGGAUGCCGCUCGGCCGAAUAACCGCCGACACGUUCGCGAGAUUCGGCAGGAACCUUUGGGUGCUGAGCUGCUCGCACUGCGAGAUCACAGACAUCGAUGCGGACGGCUUUCGGCGCCUCGCCAGUCUUCAGCAGCUCAGCUUGGACAGCAACCGCCUGACGACCGUUCGAGCGUCGUGGUUCGAAGGCCUCAACUACCUGACGUAUCUCGAUCUCAACUACAACGACAUACGUGACAUCGAGGACGGCGUCUACAAGAAUCUACCCAGUCUCGUGGACCUGAGGGUCUCGGGGAACCGACUGCGAUGCCUGAAUCUCGACGAGAUGUCACGCUUGAGGGAGCUGAAGCGUAUGUUCCUCAGCGAGAACUCCGACUUCGCCUGCCCGCACGCCGUCAGCAAAUUCCUCGAGAAUCAGGGCGUUGCCUUCGAGCAAGACCCCGAGUGGAGGAGACUCGCCAGUGACACGAUCGACGUUCACGUCCCGCCGAGCGUGCAGGAGGGCAGGGAAACCGUGCCGGCGCAUCGCGAGAGGUUGCACCCCGACAGGAGGCCACCUCCGGAGGAGUCGGAAGUACCUUACGGGACGAGAGACAGGAUGUUUCAUCCGGACCAUGCGGAGGCGCAUCGCCCGCGCCACAGGAAACCGACGACCACGACCACUGUGCGGCCCAAACAGGAGGAAUUUCCCGUGCCGCGAGUGGAACCGAGAUUUCCGGACGCGCAACCCCCGCACGCACCGUCGGAGUCGUCGCAUCAGGUAGUGUCUUACCCGUACCCAACGCCGGAAACGCCGCCCCCGGAAGACAUCAGGUUGUCGAGAAUCGAUGAGUCAUCGCGAGCGGAGCACACCUUGACGUAUCCGUCGUAUCCAACACGCGAGACGACGCCCCACUGGUCAUAUCCAACGCGCGAGACGACGCCCCACUGGUCAUAUCCAACGCGCGAGACGACGCCCCACUGGUCAUAUCCAACGCCGGAGAGAUCUCGAGUACCGCCCGUGACGUCGUUGUCGGAGGACACCAGGGUAGCGGGAACCGACAGGCCGCCGCAAGCGGAACGCAUGCUUACGUACCCGCCGUACAUUCCAACGCGCGAAACGAUGCCCUAUCCGUCGUAUCCCACAUCGGAGAGGUCGCGAGUAUCAGGACCCUCGGACGACGAAACGACAGGAGAGUCCGGGCGACUACCGUCGCAGGCGGGAAACACCGUGACGUACCCGCUGUACGUCACUACGUCUGGCGGUCUGGAGAGAACGCCGCAUGGGUCCAUUCAAGUGACGCGCCCAUCGUCCGGUAACUCGGACAUGGUCACCCUCGGGACUUGGUCCACGGACGACUCGGUCGAGGCCGACCCGUCCUGGACGCGGGAACGUCACGGACAGUCUCGCCGUCCUCCCGCCGGCGGCGACGACGACAAGGCGAUGUGGUCAACGAGAACGCCGUAUUACGGACAAGACCCGAGUAAGAUGAUCGUCGAAGACUCGUCGUCCGAGACCGGCGACGACCUCUUCGUCGCCACGGAUCGAUCGCGGACCACGACGACACCCGACCUACAUUACGUCAGACCCUCGCCACCGGAACUGAUAUACCCGCUGUCGACGGACGAGUUCUAUCAAGCUCCGUAUUACGAGUCGACGGUCACCGUGCAUCCGCCGUUGCAGAAUUAUCAGGAGGGCGGCGUUCGCCCGAUAGAGACGACGACGGACAAGCCACUUCCCGAAUGCCCGGAGAAUUCGGCACCGAACGCCCGACCGGCCGCCGCACUGCUGACGCUCGUCGUCGUCGCCGUCCUCGGUCGCGCCGUCGGGGAGAGGUUUUAGUCUCGAGCGCGCCUCCCUCGUCGUCCAAUUCGGCAGGAGAGAAUCCGAACUGAGCUCCCGCCGGUCCAAGGAACGCAUCCGUACACCGUUGUGACCGGAUGACCUGGACUUUGAAUCGCGCGCAUUUAUAUAUUUAACAUUGUAACGUCUCCUCAUAGUCACCGAGUAUUUCCCCCAAAGACGCUUCAUAGGAUUAUUAACCAGACGCAGAUAAUUAGCGAGAGUCGAGAUGGGUGGGACUUUCUCUUCGGGAUCGAAAAUCUCGUUCUCCGGAAACGGCAGAGCCAGCUAAACUUGAUGCUGGGCCAAGGAAGCGGCGGAAGCCGAACAUCUGGAGAGGAUGCUGAAGAUCGAGAACGAGGAAAACGCAGCCACGAACGAU